AUGGCCACCUUCUACGUCUCCUCGCAUGGAGACGACGGCAACCCAGGAAAUUUAAACUUGCCAUUCCUGACACUUGAUCGGGCAUAUCAAGCCGCCAAGUGCUUGACGAUUCCGACUUCGGUUUACCUCUUUCCUGGAACAUACACCCGCACUGAGACAUGGAAUAUAGGCAGCAGUUCAGAACAGGAACCUAUGAGAAAUCGCAUCACCUUUGAAGCACGCCGUUCCCCCAGUAGCGACGAUGUCGUAAUCUCGGGAGCGCGAAAAAUCGACUCAUGGUUUCAUGGUGACUCAUCAGACAUAUGGAAAGCUAAUAUUGGCGAUUUGGAUUUCCGUCAACUCUAUGUAAAUAACGUGAAGGUUGAGACCGCUCGGAUUCAAGACUUGCCCGGCACAUGGACACGAACUCCUACGGGUUAUUCGGUCAACACCAUCAUUUCUUGGGCUUCUCCCUCUUCCAUUGAAUUUGUAUACCGUGGGAUUUACCCUUGGACUGAAGCCCGCUGCACUGUGGCCGAACUAAUCCAUGAUGGCGACUCGACAAUUAUACAUAUGGCCCAACCUACUUGGGACCGUGCCUUGAAACUAUACAACUUUUGCUGGGGCGGAACACAACAGCAUGGGCCUUCUACUCCAACACAUAUCGAGAACAGCACCAGUUUCUUACAAGAGCCUGGCACCUUUGUAUGCGAUCGAACGUGUCCUGGGCAACAUAUAUUGUACUACAAGCCUAGACCUGGGGAGACCUUGGCAACUACCCGUAUCACUGCACCGUCAUUGGAGCAGCUAGUUAAUAUUACUGGCACGGCCAAUGUUACUUUUAGAGGGAUAACAUUCGCAGAUGCCGCCUGGCUCAGGCCAAAGGAUGGCUUUCUUCACUAUCAUGGCGACAGCCACUAUGUUGGAGAGGGUUCGGUUAACAAAUUCGCCCUUGGUGAAGGCUCGUGGGUCAUGGUGCCAAGUAAAACUGAUAGGAUUCCGGCCUCCAUUUCCAUGAAAAGCACUGCAUAUACUUCUUUCGAGAAUUGUAAUUUCACAAGGCUGGGAGGAACCGCUCUUAGUUCAGAUUGCUGUAAACGGUUACAAGUCCUGCACUGCGGUUUUGAAAGCCUGUCUGCAUCAGGUAUCACGCUAAAUGGAACCACAAAUGCCGUGGUUGAAGACACAACCAUUCAGAAAGUGGGAUUAGACUAUCUCGGCUCACCCGCAAUUUGGAUGCACAACACAUCUCAUUGCCGAGUAUCCCAUAAUAACAUUUUCGACACUCCACACAGUGGGAUAUCGCUUGGCCCUUCAAUCGGCAGCCGCAUCACUAAUAACAUGGUUUGCCGCACGAUGUCACGACUAGCCGACGGGGGCGGCAUCAACCUUGCAGGUUGCCAAGGAGAAUCCAUGGAAACGGGAGCCUCUCUCAGUGGAAAUGUGGUGCUUGACACGCUCACUCCGUACAACUUUGCUAUUUAUGCUGACUAUGGGGCAAAAUGGGUUACUAUCAAAGAGAACGUUGUCAUGAGGUGUGACGAGGUCGUCGUUUUUAACGUUCAGCCUCCUCUUGAGCACGUUGUUUUCGAAAAUAAUUUUUGGGAUAAAGAGCCCACAGGAACAGAUUCUAUACCGGAGAAGGUUAUUUACCGAGCGAAUGUUGUUAUUAGCGACGAGGGGGAGAUUCAGCGUAAUGUGCAACGGGUUAUAACCGCGGCUGGGGUUAGGGCAGGAACACUUGUAAACCCUCCUGCUACCCAUUCAACUUAG